AUGACACAGAACAUGUUCCAGGAGGGGCUGUACCAUGUGUUCUUUAGGGAACGCCCCCCGCCCCGCCCCGUCGCUGUGCACACCAAUCCCACUGAGCUUAAAGAGAUCCGAUUGGUCCGCUGGUUCAGGACAGUCGUGAACGCCCGCCUCCUCGUUGCUGGGGUGGUUCAGGUCCUUGGUGCUGUCUCUUGUAUUCUCUCCACUGUGUCCUUCACCUGCCUGACCCACAGCUGCUCAGUCUCCAUGACAACACCCAUGUGGAGCAGUCUGUUUUUCGUGGCCACAGGGGGGGUUGCUAUGGAAGUACAGAGGAAACCAAACAAAAUUAAAGCGAUCAUUCUCAUGGGUCUGGACGUCCUCUGUCUGCUGCUGGGUGUCUGUUCCCUCAUCAUCUUCACACUGAGCUCCACCCUGCCUGAAAUACACAACGCUCAGCAGCGUGUGGGUGUGUAUGUGAUGAAGAGCAGUUGUAUCAUAUUUGCACUGCAGUGUGUAUUAGCGUGUCUGUUCACACUCUUCCUCACCUGGAGGGGCCUCAGACGUUAUAGCGACCCCUACAGACAGGACUAUAACAUGGUCCUACAGGACCCAGACGGCAACACAGACCCACUGCUGGAGACAGAACACUUCAGCCUCUGAAACUGUGUGUGUG